GCAGCUACAAUGCUCUUAAACUCAUCUGCUGUGUGAUCCCUCGAAAAAAUCGCCCCAGUACAGAGCAGCUCAUACUACGGCACUCACUGCCUUUACUUUCGGCUUCUUUCGCCCUAUCUUCGCGCGCGCCACGCACCCAUGAAGAGACGUCAAGUGUUACAUGUUUGAAAUCCAAAACCGCCGACUUUCACAUGCUGAAAAAGGACUCCGCUGCUCGCGCGCGCGGCACCGCUGUGUCUGUGCACUAGACUGCAAAGACAAACUCUUGGUGGUUGCGCAGGGGAACGCAGAACAGCUCGCUUUUCUUUUUAAAAAAAGAUAUAAGACUUAAAAAGCCAAACUGGCUCACGUCGUUCCCAACCAGACCAGUUUGACAGCUGCUCUUCAGCCCGGUUGGAGGACUGUCAGCAGCAAGAGGAUGGCAUCAGAACUGGCAAUGAGCAACUCCGACCUGCCCACCAGUCCCUUGGCCAUGGAAUAUGUUAAUGACUUCGAUCUGAUGAAGUUUGAAGUGAAAAAGGAGCCGGUGGAGCCCGAUCGCAACAUCAGCCAGUGCAGUCGCCUUAUCGCCGGGGGAUCAUUGUCUUCCACCCCGAUGAGCACGCCUUGCAGUUCGGUGCCCCCCUCUCCAAGCUUCUCUGCGCCCAGUCCGGGCUCAGGGAGCGAGCAGAAGACGCACAUAGAGGACUUCUACUGGAUGUCCGGUUAUCAACAGCAGCUAAACCCAGAGGCACUGGGCUUCAGCCCCGAGGACGCAGUUGAGGCUCUCAUCAACAGCAGUCACCAACUCCAGUCUUUCGAUGGCUAUGCCAGGGGCCAGCAGUUCCCCGGAUCGGCCGGUGCAGGGGGCGCCAUGGCCGGUGAGGAGAUGGGCUCUGCCGCGGCAGUCGUCUCUGCAGUGAUCGCCGCGGCGGCUGCACAAAACGGUGCACAACAUCACCAUCAUCAUCACCACCACCAUGCCGGUGCUCACCACCAGCAGCCCGGUGUACAGUCCAGCAGUGCCUCGGCUCCGGGACACACGCACAUGCGCAUCGAUGACCGCUUCUCCGAUGAGCAACUUGUCACCAUGUCCGUGCGCGAACUUAACCGGCAGCUACGAGGGGUCGCCAAAGAAGAAGUGAUUAGACUGAAACAGAAGAGAAGAACCCUAAAAAACAGGGGCUACGCGCAAUCCUGCCGCUUCAAGCGCGUGCAGCAGCGGCACGUCCUGGAGGGAGAGAAGACCCAGCUCUUGCAGCAAGUGGAGCACCUCAAACAAGAGAUCUCCAGGCUGGUCCGGGAGAGGGACGCGUAUAAGGAGAAGUACGAAAAGCUCAUCAGCACCGGCUUCCGAGAAAACGGCUCGAGCAGUGACAACAAUCCCUCGUCCCCGGAGUUUUUCAUGUCAUCCAGAAAAUUCCUGCACCUGUGAUCCAAGUCACCUCCUCUGCACACUGGAUUCUGAGAUGGCAGAGCACUGAAGCAGCGAUGACAUCACAGCGGCUGACCAAUCGCACCAACCCACCUACAAAGCACAACAUUCAACUCUGAUGCUCAGAAAUCUUUCGACUAAACAGAGAAACCUUGUAGGACCCAGUCACUCUUCCUGACCAUUGGCUCCAGAUUUUUUGUAGAGAAUACAGAGAACCAAUGUUGGAAUGACUACUAUCUCCUCAAAGGGGAGACAACGAUGCAUGCUUCUGUAAAUACUUCUAUUCUCCUGAUACAGAAACAUUUAUCUUAAUGAGAAACUGGAACAAAGUUUGGAUGGCGUGAGAAAGUCUUAGCCAAAGGCUGACUAGUAAUCAUGUCUUCUGAAGAUAUGUGGACAAGGAAAUUAUUCAACCCAUUCUAUCUUGAGUUGUCUUCCACCCCAGUUGUCCCUCUGCUUCAUGUAAAUAGGAACAAGUAAAUAAAGCAGCAUGGACAGUAGCCCAAUACUCACCUAAAAACCUUUUAGCAUACAUUUAAAUACUUUUAGAAAUACUUGUUUUCUUAGAGCUACCGAAAUACUAAUAUGUAAACACAUUUUAUUUCAAUGAAAGUAAAUUCAUUAACUUCAGAUAGUGCUGGAAACCUCAUCUCAUCAGAGAGCAAAGUCACACAUUGACCCAUGGACGUAUUUAUAUUUCAAUUAUUUUAAAACUGGUUCCUGUUUUUUACACUUUGCAAUACUGUGAGGGUGACAAUGCAAGAUCCAAGUUAACCCUUGCAUGGUUUGAAAUGUCACUUGGAUUUUGAGGGCACACUUCAGUGAACUAUGAAGACUACAAAAUGGAGUCAGUGGUAACAAUGUGCGCCAAGGAACAAACAGAUGACACUGGCAAUGACUAGAAAGCUUGUAAUGGAGAAGGCGGGUGGCUCACCUUCAGCAGUGCAUCCUCUACCUCUCAGUGUGUGCUGGGCAUCAGGGCUCAAUGACAUGGCCAUGGCCCUGCGCUAUCCCUCAGCUCACUGCAGACCCCAGUGGACCUGAUGGACACACACAGACACAGCAACAGGGAACACAAUCACACACACAUACACACAUACACACACACUCUCUUAUUAUACCCUUUUACAAAAGUACUUCCACUGCUGUAUAUAUGUACACUAUGUAAAGUUCAAGAUGCUGUACUUUGCAUGUUGUCUUUCAGAGGGAUCAAGCCCGCAGGCAACUCACAUAGUUUGUUUUCAGAUAAAUAUGACACUUAAUCCAAACCUCACAUAAACAAUAGUCUGAUUAGGUUCAUUAGGUACAUAUAUAAUUCUCCUUUUGUUCUUUUACUUACAUUUUUUGAGAACAUGGAGAAGAUUGUCCAUCGAAUACUGAAAAGCCUGUAAACAUAGAUUCUAAUAGGAAAUUGAAGAGUGAUUGAUGUUUGGAACAUACGUGAUGUAGUCAUAUAAGGACAAUUCAGUUAAGAGAAAUAAGUGUCCUGUGGAUUGCUGUCAACACUCGUCCUUUCACCCCAUGUCAAAAACACAGAUAUGCAGUGAGUCUGCCAGGAAAGUCCAGGUCACAUGGAUCCUGCAGAGGUCUUUGGAGAAAGGAAAGACAAGAAACUUGGAUCUUGCUCAAAGUUGAAAAGGUCACAGGAGUGUGUCUGUCUGAUCUCUGUCUCUCACGGAGGCACUUCCUCUAAGAGGGUGAGUGACCUUUGACCUCAGACACACAGAGGCUCUGUGGGCUGGGUAAGCUGACGUCCUGCUGGGGUUAACUCUGUGUUAAUGAGCAGACCACAGCUCAGCAGAUGUGCAGUCUGUGCUGCCCUUGUGUCCCAGUCAGUCUCUAACAGUCAUCUACUCAAGACAUGUAGCACUGCAGCAAACAUUAAGAUUAAAGCCAUCUAUAGGGCUGCACAAAUCUCUGUCCCUAUUGUUAGGAGCUGAUAAAAAUUUAGAGCCUUUUCCCAAAUCAUAAUGAUAAAAACAAAACAAAAAUAAAAAUACCUUUUUUUGUUGCAUAUUUUGUAAUAUUACGCUCUGCUAAAUUAUUACUAAAAUGGAGGGAAAAUAACAAAACAAUUAAAUAAAGCUACAAGACAAAUCUCAAAAUGCCACAGCAGUUUUCUGAUUCUCACCUCUUUUGAACAUUAUAGUGGAAGGCGGCACUUUGUUUUUCAGCCAUUUCCAGUGUUCUGCCCUUUUAAACAGGCUUUGUGUAGGCUUCUCUCUCUCAUGACCCCGAGCAGAUUUAGCAGCUGCCUAGAUGUGAACAUACUGCUCAAACACAGCAGAGGCAACAGCAGCUCUCUCAGCCCACUCACCUACACACACUGUGCUAAUCUAAACGGCAUGGCUGUAUGUAAACAGAUCCCCGACAUAAUGGGAUUGUUCAGUGUGCAAACAAUAAGCUGUUAGAGUAAUCACAGGUCAAAGAUAUAUUACCCAGAGGGCCACGCUGUAGGUAUAUUAACAUGAUGGAUAUGGGCACAAGCGGAGGGGGUAGGGAUGGAGAGGAUAUAGUGCACUACUAAUUCAGAUUUUUGUCUGAACAACCUUUAGUGGGGCCACACGUAAUCUCCCUUCCUCCGCCUCCUUUUCUCCACACCUCUCAGAUCUUAUCUUUAUACAGUAAUUUUGCCACAAGCAGCACGCUCUCAAAUUCCCUUCUGUUCUUUGGAGUAAUAAUUUCUUUUAACAAAUGAUCUCUGCUUCUCAGUGGCAAGCUAAUAAUAGGAUAAGUACAAUCAUGUUUUUGGAUUAAACAAAGAAGGAUCUAAGAUGGGAAUGGCAAGGAACUUUUGUCUAAGUCAAAUGGUUUGACUGAUGAAGGAGCAGUUUGUUAGCAUGCCACAAACCAAGUCAGGGUCAGGCUGGUGGGUGGGUCGAAGGAUUACAAUAAGGCAUCCCCAAGUCAACAGUUCUGAUCCUGGUUUACCCGCACUGUCUGGAAAGAUGGCUUUAAUUGUUACAUUUACAAAACAUUUAUAUUUUGCCAUUAAUACAAAAUAUUAUAUACAAUUUAUAAUUUGAAGAAAAAAACAAACAAACAAAAUAAGUUAAGUUGUUCCGUGCCUGUAACAAAAACCUCCUUAUGUCACAAAGCUAAUCAGGGAUGCAUUAUGGGUAAAGAUCUUAGUCUUUCCCUCAUUGGUCGUCACAUAAGCCUCUGGGUGAGCAGUUAACUAUCAAGCCCCUUUUGUGAAAUGAGAUGGCCUCCAAGAAGAUUUGGAGGUAGACCAAAUGAGUAGGAUUAGCCAAAAUGUCUCAAUUGGAAUAAAUGCACCAGGCUGAUCACUGUGUAAUACCUCUGAUAACUGCUGUAAACCAAAUCUUUUGCAUUUGAUGAGCUAAUGGACCAUUUAGGUCUGAUUAUCUGGGGAAAAAACAACUCAAAUGCCUGUGCAAGAAUGUAAGAGGCACCACAUGGAUGCUGUUGCAUUUCCACCACAUAGUUGGUGCUCCAUAUAAAAAUAAAUAAAUGGGGAAUAAUAAAUCGCCACAAGCUGUGGACAGGUGGCAUUUCAGGCUGCACCAUUUAGCUGUGCAGUCUGGUUUGUGACAGCUUGAUUUAGUCUGCAGUGCCAGAGCCAGAAGAAAGAAAAACUCUGAUUGGUUUGAAACAACUGAUAAGGAAUAACAUCAACAAGACUGAAAACAAUGUACACAAAAUCAUGGUCAGAUGGCCAAGGCAGUUUGGGAGGUAUGGCAGUUGAUUUAUGUUGAUAGUGCCUUCCAAGUGUGUGUGUGUAUGUGUAGGAUAGCAGUUUGUCUUUAGGGUGUAAAAUGGAGAUUAGAGGAGCUCAAGGGGAGAUGCCUGGAGGCCUGCUGUUCCACCUGCUGUGAUCGGGGUGUAAUCUCUCAGUUUCAGAGAAGUGAAAAGUUUGUGCAGCCCACAAAGUUGUGCAUGAAUCCCUCUGGCCCCCUACAGAGCAGAGAGUGUGAGGCAGCAGGGGAUAACCAUAUGCUAUCAAAGUCUUCUUCAAAGGCCCAAUCUUUAGUCCACCAAAUUAUACAGUAUGAUCACAUGUACCUAUCAACAACAGGAGGCAAAGUCCUGCUCUGUCUUAAAAUUCCUGUUGUAGAUUAAAACAAAAUCACAUUUAUGUAUUUGAUUUACUGAUUUCAUCCACUUUUCAAUUCAACAGGUCCACUCUUACCCUGGAUGUUGGACAAUAAAUUGUUCUCAUUUCUUUCUAAAUGGGGUACUUUUAUGUAACCACGGGUUAAUUUGGCCUGCUCGACUCCAGUAAACCUCUGCAUUAUUAUGUGUAGAGAGGGUCUUUGAUUAUUCAAUAGUAGGCCUACGGUUGGCUCCUAUUGUCAGAGGGGCCAUAAGAGGGGUAACUGCUUCUGAGGUCAUACUGCUAUGGCAAUCAGCCCCUUGCCAUUUGGCCCUGAUGACCUGAGUUGCAGAUAAGCUUUAUGGAGAAGCAUAUUAACAUGCUCUUGGGCUGGUGCUCUGCUUUAUCAAAGGCACUUCUGAAAUCAAGUGUUUAUGGACCCCCAGUGAGGCUGAUUGCUUAUAUUAGCAGUCCAGUGUAAAUGAGAUGGAGGUGGACAGAACAGCAGUACUACAGGGGCACUGUGUGCAAUGUUAUUCUCACUAACUGUAACUGAGCAAUAUCCUUACUGUGUGCAGCAUCCUAUGAGCCACUAUCACCUGACAAACUCCACUCACAAUAUAUUCAAUAUGUCUUCCAAGAACACUUCCAUGGUGUAAGCUUACAAGACGUGCAUAUGCAUAUGAUGUAAUGUGCUACUUUGCAAUAAGGUUAUCUGUAGACCUGUUUUCAGAUGUAUUUCUUUUGUAUUUGAUAUUUGUGCAUAUGUUUUGUCACUGUAAAAGGCCAUUCUCUGCAGUCCUCAACCAGACAAGGCAAAAGGGAGAAGGUGUCAGUGUUGUGCGUCUGCUUACAGUCUGAUCACUGCUGAAAGAUGCUUUCAGUGUCUCCAUGAUGGAUGAUGAUAGCCCUGUGUCUCUGUACACAUCAGGGAGCCCACUGUUGUCACUGGACUGAGCAAGCGAGAGAGAGGAGAGAGAGAUGCGACUGCAGCUUAAUGUCCUCCUGGUGCUGUGCAUGCUCUUUCCUAUUUGCUUUUCCCUUCACGGCACGGUUAACAUUGUAAAUUAACCUUUUUGAGCCCCAUGCUCAGACAGUGAAAAACACAUUGUGUUAUGCAAUUCGGUAGCAAUAGUUUGGGAUAUACUAAUUGAGCUGUUUCUAUUUAAAUGGUAGGGUUUUAACCAACAGACUACUCUAUGUGCAUGUCAGGAUUACUCAUCUUGUCACUAUAAGGCUGCUUUCUGGUCUCCAUUUUAGAUGUAAAUGAAACAUUAAACACACUUGUUAUUCUUAGUUUGACUCUGUAAAUACAUGUAAAUAUUAAACAGCUAUGCAUGCUACUAUACUGGCAAUUUGUUCAGGUACUUUUGUAAUACAGGCUUCAGUUAUGGCAUGUACGUUACACAAUGAAACAUCAUUUGAAAUUUGUGAUCUCUGCUAUGGGUUGUAAACUAAUUGAGAAGGGUCUGACUGCAGCCAAUUGGGAGGGUGGAGCUCCAUUACCUCCACCUUAACCAACAACACUUUGUAGCUAUUGGAAAUGAACAAGUUAAUUCCUUUGUUUCAAAAAUUAUUUUGUAUUUGGCACUUGGCAGUGAUGCCGUUUAGAGAGUAGAACUUCAUUCCAUAUAGCUGCUGCAGCAGACUCUUCUGAACUACUUUAGAGCAGACAUGUCUUUCCUGUUAAUGUUUUCUGACAGAUGUAAUGCAUCGGCCUUGCUCAUGUUUUUGCUUUAUUUGUCAUUUCAUUAUUAAGGUUUGAGGGAAGGUCUGUUUUUCAUAGAUUUGAAAGAAAUUACAUUUUUAUAAAGUUUCCUUUGCCGCUGCAUGCACACAUGCAUAAUCUAGAUACAUAAUUGCGUAACUUGUGUCUAACACAGCCCAGAAAACAAUAUGAUACAAAGUUAAUCAAUAGAUACUCCAAGUUGUCUUGUCUGAGUAAAAAGUAAUGUCAUUAGAGUAGAAAAACAAUGAGACUGCUCUAACGUGAAAUUUGAUUCAUUCCAAAUGAACCAAAUCAGGCUCAAUAUUUGUAAUUCUUUUAAAUAAAUAUUUUCAUCAGUUUCAUCAAGAAUAAUGCCAAAAUUGCCUCUUCCUUAUCAACUCUAAGCUGACAAAAGAGAUAUCUAGAAACAAAUUGAAGAGAAAGUCUCUUUAAUUUUUAAAAGUGUUUAUUUUGAUCCAUGUUCAGUCCCAAGUGUCUAAUUUUU